GAUUUAUGUUAAAAGUAAAAAAGCGAUCCAAUAUUUGAGGCUCAGCUUUGGCGAUCUCGCCCGUAGAAAACGAGAAACAAUCCAAAGGAGACUCAAAAUGGCUUCUUUCUGUUCUGCUCCUGCUCGUUCUUCCCAAUUGAUUCAACGGUGUCAUCGUCCAACUACUAGAGUUGAAAUCCCAUCCAUCACCACCGCUCUCAAACUCUCCCAAACCAUUUCCGAUUCCAGGUUCAAGAAUGCUAUAACAUUGCAAAUAAGGAGAAGAUUAUUGGUUGCAUUUGCAUCAAACUCUAAUCCUUCCAGUGGAGAUUCCAUUCAAGAUAAAUCAGAUGGGAACACAAGUGAUGCUGCCCGAGGUCCUCCAUUCCUUACCAUUCUGGCUGGAUUCCUUGUUUUGUUCACCGUAUUCUGGGUUUUUGGAUCUGUUAUAAUGUGGUUGUUUGGACUAAUUGUUAAGUCGCCUCCUGCCAAUUAGGCUUUAUGUAUUUUGCUCAAGAUUGAAAUGUUAAAUUAUGUGCUCAA